CGUGGUCGUAACGAUACGGUCGCAGAUCUCCGUUCACCGCCGGAGGAUAAGGGACACGAAGGGGAUGAUGAAUUAGAGUAUCCGAAGGAAUCGGUUAAGACCUCAAAAAUGUCCAUGUUCGAGCGAAAUGGACUAGCUGGCAGUGAUCGUUCCCGAGGUUUCCGCUCUGACUCAGAUAGCAGUUCGCCGACAAAUGCCACAAUCAACAUGGGAUCUUAUCAGAAUGGUACCAAUCAUACCGAGGAGCUUCGUGGUUGUCUACAGACCACCAUCCAGGUCAUGUUCGACAAUAUGUCGAAAAUAUUUCUUCUCACAUGUCCUCCCGUUUUGAAGACCUCGAUUCGUGACCCACAAGGAAAAAGUAUUUCAUACACGGUGGAUUACGUUCGAAAACAGAUUGAACUGUGCCGAAGUGUGUUUCAGUUCUUUCGCUCGUCAGCGAUCAAUAUCGAUCUGAGCACAGAAUCGUGGACUACUUUGUUGUCUACCCUGUUGGAUGUUCUCAAGUCAACUAUGAUUGGCAAACUUCCGUCUGAUCGCAUGGAUGAUCGUUGGUUGUCUAAUGAAAAGCUGGUUCGAACCAUGUUCCAGGUACGCUUCUGUUCUGUUCCACUCCCCUGUCCACACUGUUGGCAUGCAACCCCAUGCUCACUCCUAGUUCGUGUAUGCAUUUUCAUGAUUAACCGGUGUGUCUAUAUGGAGGCAUUCAUUCAGAUCUAG